UAUCCUCCACAAAAAAAACCCGCCACAUCCACGGCAAAAUGGCAAUGGCAGCAGCUGCUGCUUCUCCUUCGCUACUUCUCCUCCCCUCCUCAAAAACCCUAAACCUAACCCUAAAUUUCUCAACUCCAAGAUCUCCCCUUUACUCACGCAGUAACAGGACAGCGUCGUUCAAAUCUAGGGUUUUGCCCCGCAAAUCCAGGACCUCCACCUCCUCAUCGGCCGGCGUUGCGGCCACCGAUUCUGCUAUCGAGACCGAGAAAAGUGACCCUAAGGUGGACAGGCCCGAGGAGGAGAGGGUUGUGCUCCCUACCAAUGAUUCGUCUGAGAAAUUGCUCAGAAUUCGGCACACGUGCGCACAUGUGAUGGCCAUGGCUGUUCAGAAAGUCUUUCCAAAUGCUAAAGUGACAAUAGGUCCAUGGAUAGACAAUGGUUUUUAUUAUGAUUUUGACAUGGACCCCUUAACGGAUAAAGAUUUGAAGAAAAUAAAGAAAGAAAUGGAUCGUAUCAUUAGACGAAAUCUACCGUUAGUCAGAGAAGAAGUUUCCAGAGAAGAGGCGCAGAAAAGAAUUUUGGCCAUCAAUGAGCCUUACAAAUUGGAGAUUUUGGAUAAUAUCAAGGAAGAUUCGAUCACAAUUUAUCAUAUAGGGAAUGAGUGGUGGGAUCUCUGUGCGGGUCCUCAUGUUAACUCCACUGGAAACAUAGAUAGAAAGGCUGUUGAACUUGAAUCUGUUGCUGGGGCCUACUGGAGGGGUGAUGAAAGCAAGCCAAUGCUGCAGAGGAUAUAUGGUACAGCAUGGGAGACUGAAGAACAGCUAAAAGCUUACCUUCACUUCAAAGAGGAGGCAAAGCGCCGUGACCAUAGACGUCUGGGCCAGGAUCUUGAUUUAUUUUCAAUACAGGAAGAUGCAGGUGGGGGACUGGUAUUCUGGCAUCCAAAAGGUGCUAUUAUCCGGCAUCUGAUUGAAGAUUCAUGGAAGCAACUUCAUAUGCAACAUGGUUAUGAUCUUCUCUACACUCCGCAUGUUGCAAAGGCAGAACUCUGGAAAAUCAGUGGUCAUUCAGACUUCUAUAAAGAAAAUAUGUACGACCAAAUGAACAUUGAAGAUGAACUCUAUCAGCUUCGGCCAAUGAACUGUCCUUACCACAUACUUGUGUACAAAAGGAAGCUACACUCUUAUAGGGAUUUCCCAAUUAGAGUUGCUGAGUUGGGAACAGUAUACAGAUAUGAACUUUCUGGUAGUUUGCAUGGGCUUUUUCGUGUGAGAGGUUUCACCCAGGAUGAUGCACAUAUAUUCUGUUUAGAUGAUCAAAUAAAGGAUGAAAUAAGGGGUGUACUUGAUUUAACUGAAGAGAUAUUGCUGCAAUUCGGUUUCAGAAAAUAUGAAGUAAAUCUUUCCACCAGGCCUGAGAAAUCAGUUGGGACCGAUGAUAUAUGGGAGAAAGCAACCAUAGCCCUGAGACAGGCUUUAGAAGAUAAGGGGUGGGACUACCAGAUCGAUGAAGGCGGUGGUGCUUUCUAUGGUCCAAAGAUUGAUCUCAAAAUUGAAGAUGCUCUGGGAAGAAAGUGGCAAUGCUCGACUGUUCAGGUUGAUUUUAAUUUGCCUCAGAGGUUUGACAUAACUUAUGUCGAUUCAAACUCUGAGAGAAGACGACCUAUCAUGAUUCACAGAGCUGUUCUUGGGUCUCUGGAGAGGUUUUUUGGUGUUCUGAUAGAGCACUAUGCGGGUGACUUUCCUCUGUGGUUGUCCCCUAUUCAAACUCGUGUUUUACCUGUUACUGACAGUGAGGUGAAUUAUUGCAGCAGUGAGGUAGUAUUAAAGCUGAAAUCCAGUGGCAUCCGUGCAGAGCUUUGCCAUGGUGAGCGUUUGCCAAAGCUAAUAAGAAACGCAGAAAAACAGAAAAUUCCUCUAAUGGCAGUUGUUGGACCAAAAGAAGUUGAGACCCAUACAGUAACUAUUAGGUCUCGGUUUGGUGGUGAGCUUGGGACCAUGACUGUUGAAAAUUUUAUUGAUAAAAUCCAGUCUUCCAUUGAGAACCGAACCUCUUUAUAGAGAAUCAUUUCCAAAUUUCAGAAAUACGUUUUGCAAACACAGUAAGCACACUUUUGCUCACUUAGAACUAUCAAAAGGUCUUUUCCUUUACUUCGUGUAAUUUUUUUUGGUAUGAUAAAUUUAUUAUGUAUCUGCGGAUUGUUGAGAAAAUGUAUAUGUGAACCAUCCAUUUCCUCAAGAAUAAUGCUGAUAUACGUGAAUGUAUAUGAUAAAUUAUUCA